UAUGCUGCGGAGCACGAUUUACCAGCCACACUCACAGCACACCAGUGGGAGCUAAUGGAUAAUGUGCUAACCAUCCUUGCACCUUUUGAGGAGCUCACUAAGGAGAUCAGCUCAUCAACAGCUACAGCUGCAGAUGUCAUCCCAGCCAUCACAGCACUCAAGCAGCUUCUGGAGAGGCGAGCAAA